AUGAAUGACACAGAGACCUUCAUCCAGUUCUACUGUAACUACACACAGGGCUCGGAGCCCCCAGUCUUCGUCGGUGCGACGAAGAGCGAGCCCUACCACAUCGCCAUCCCCAUGACCAUCUUCUACUGUCUGCUUUUCAUCUUCGGCGUCCUCUUCAACGGCGUGAGCGUCCUGACUUUGCUCAUCGACGCGCGGAUGAAGGCCAGCGCCAUCCGCCUCUACCUGCUCAACCUGGUGAUCUCCGACAUCGUGCAGCUGCUCACCAUCCCCAUCACCCUCUACCGCUACUACUGGGAGAUCUACCCCUGGCGGCUGGGGGGGACGCUGUGCAAAGCCUACUUCAUGGUCCGGCAGAUCUACUGUGCCACCACGAGCUGGAUCAUCCUUGGCUUCACCAUGGAGCGCUACUUGGCCAUCUGCCACACCAUGUGGUCCGUUUCCAGUCUGCAGAAGUCCCACUUGCCGUGCCUGUUGGUCCUUGUGUGGCUGUUCUCCUUAAUCUCUUCGCUGCCCUUUGCGUUCGUGUACAGCCACGACCGCGCCUGCAUCAUGGACUACACAGCCCGCUCCCCAGAGAAGCUUUUCCAGGCCUCCACAAUGUGCGAGAUGACAGAGGCCAAGCCCUAUCCAAUCUACAAGACAGCCAUUCUGCUGAAAGCCAUCCUCUGCUUCCUGGUGCCUCUGGUGUGCAUCCUGGUCCUCUACGUCCUCAUCAUCAGCCACCUCAGACGGAACAGCCACCAAAGACAGGCCAUGGGCCUCACCAGGACGAUGGCCACAGGGAGUAACGUACCCUGCCACCAAAACGGGAAGCUGCUGUCUCAAGAGAAAAGAGCUCUACGACUCAUGGGUGCAGUGGUGGUGGCAUUUUUUAUUUGCAAUUUCCCAGACAUUGCCUCCUCACUCAUGCAGGUGUACCUUAAUGUCUGGUCCGUACAUUUCCUCAACGUCUACACCGUGCUCAAGACCUACCUCUCCGUGCCACUGUGGUAUGUAAACAGCGCCCUGGACCCUGUGCUCUUCUGCAUCUCUUCCAGCACCUUCCGCAGGGCUUGCCGGAUGACGAUGAGGUCCCUGAAGCCCAGACGUCCAAGGCUGUGGCAGGGGACCAGCCGAUUGAGCCAGACGUCUGGGAGCGCGUCUGGCCGAGAGGCGAGCGACGUCUUGAGGACAAGGCCACAGGAUGCAGGCCACACACAGGUCAUAGCUAUGCAGAGCUUACAGUAG